AUGUCAUUUUCUCAUCUCAACUCCAACUCCAAUUCCAAUGUGGUUCCGCUGAUUUCUCCUUCUGAUGUUUUACAUACUGCUUAUGAUUUCAAUACUUUGUUCAAUUCGCAACAUUAUACUGAUAACAACUGUGGAAACACUAAUAAGCCAUCUGAUAUUGAUUCUAAUCUUGCCAACAAGAAGAAGAAAAGAAUAAGGGCCAAUACUUUAUUACGUACUCUUCGAAUUAAAUGGUUAACUUCAAGUCUGCUCUUCCCAAAAGGUGAUGCUAGCACCCACGCUCAUCUAAAUAGAACUGGCUCUAGAACUGAAGAGGAAAUACAAGCAGAUAACAUUGUCAAUGAUAUUUAUGAUACUCAUUUAUUUCUUGAUUUGAAGUUUGAUAGUCUUACUGAACUUGACCAAUCCAAAGGAGACUCUCAACCAGAGUUACAAGAACUUGAUCAACCUGAAAUGGAAAUGGUAAAUAAUGAAAUACCAACAGAAGAUGAUAAUAGUAAUGAGAAUUCUUCAGAAUCCAAAUCAUUUGAUUCUAAGACUAAGAGUAAUGAAAUCUUUCAUACUUCUAAGCUUGAUUUAAUAUCAAAUACAACUGUUGGAAGUAGUAAUUCCAAGAAAUCAAAAAGCUAUGAAUUAAAUUUGAGUUCAUUGUUCCCUCCAUCUCCUACUAUUAUCAAAAAAUCAUUUAAUAAAUUAAGUCUGUCUAGACCAAUAAUUAAUGAAAAUGAUACUAUGAUUGAAAAUCAUCAAUAUUCCAGUCUUAAAUCUUUUAGAUGGUGGAAAAGUGAUCCUAAUUCUGUUACUCCAAAAAGAAUUGUUCCUGAUUUAUCUCGUCAUCCACAUGUCAUUAAACGUAAUAGUAAUGUUUAUUCCUUAGAAGAAUUUGCUCUUGAUAAUAGUGAUGAGAGAAUUGCUCAAGCUAUUAUUAAGCAAAGAAAGGUGUACAAAGAAUAA